UACGGUUGUGGCUCGUAGAGUUUAUCUGAAAAAUUGUGCCGCCUGCCUGACUCAAUCAAUAUCAGUAAACAAUUGGUUUCGAGUUAUGUCAAGUUUUCGCAAAAGAAAUGUGCAAAAGCAGAUACCAUUUACUAGGACCAGUCCGCAAACUGGACAAGUGAUAACCUCAAGUGGAAAUCCCUCAUUGGAUGUCAUAUUGGGUGGUGGUCUUCCUAUUGGCUCCAUAUGCCUCAUCGAGGAGGACAAAUUUGUUACAUACUCCAAAGUAUUGGCCAAAUAUUUUAUGGCCGAGGGCAUUUUGUCCAAACAAACUGUAUUCCUAGGCAGUCUGGAUGACAGUCCCAAGGAUGUUAUACUCAAAUUACCCAAACCACUGGAUGACAACGAAGUUGAAAAGGAUAAAAUUGAAACACAAAUGGAGGUUGAAGAGAAUCCUGAUAUAGCCAAGAAUGGCUUACGCAUUGCAUGGCGCUACAAUGAUCUGCCUAUGGUCAAUUCUGAAAAGACCAACACUCAAAUUGGCCAUCAUUUCAAUCUGAUGGAACAAAUGGACAUCAACAUGCUAAAAUAUGCCGACACUAUAACUUGGUCCGAUGACCCUUUGGACAAUGAGAUUGUUGUUAACCAAGACGAUGAUGAUGAUGACGAAGAAGAGGUGGCCAAUCAUUAUGACAAUGACAGUGAUGCCACCUAUGUCAUGGACUCCAGCAAAGACAUGGAAAUAGAAAAUGAGAAUAAUUCUUCCAAUACCCUUAAUCCGCCACCACCUACAACGGCAGAUGAUAAAAAUGCCACCGGCUCGACGGAGACCUCAUCGUCAUUGCCCACACCACCACCGCCGAUUUGUAAGCCACCAGCAAAGACACAACUAUUCGAAAAUGCAAAAUAUUUUCGCCUACUCAAAGAGAUUCAGCAGUUAUUGCGCGAUGAUAAAUUCCAUUCGGGAGGUUUUUUGAUUAAGAAAAGCCUAUGUCGUGUUUGCAUAACCUCAUUGGCCUCACCCAUGUGGUAUGAUGACAAUUAUGGGGAGGAUCUAUUGAAAUUCUUGACUAUUUUGCGAGCAGCGGUGCGUUCUUCGGUAUCGGUGUGUUUUAUAACCAUGCCCAUGCAUUUGGUGGCGAAAUAUGAUGAUACCUUGGUUUCAAAAAUACGCAAUUUAGUGGAUUAUGCCAUUGAACUGGAGUCAUUUGCCGGCUCGGACAAAGAAACAAAUCCCGCGUUCAAGGAAUACCAUGGUUUGAUACAUUUACGCAAAAUAACAGCUAUUAACACAUUAAGUGCCUAUAUGCCAGAGACCACAGAUUUGGCAUUUAAACUGAGGCGCAAGAAGUUUGUUAUAGAAAAAUUGCAUUUACCUCCAGAAUUACAAGAAGACACCAAUGCCAUGGAUACACAGCCCACACUGAGCUGUGGCAGUAACAUAAGUCCAAAGAGUAACAAUUCAUUGGAUUUUUGAAUGAAAUGCAUGAUCCAAGUAAAAGCAACAAAAAAAAAAAAAACCAGGAAAACAAAACAAACAAAAAGUACAAGCAACAAGUUAACCAGCUGCAAGCAAACACAACAAACAACUAAAAAAAGUUUCUUAAUAUAUUUUUUAAAAGAACACAAACCUUGAGGAUCCUCCUUCGAAGCAGUGUAUCUUCAAAGGGUUAAACAAAUAGAAAUAUCUAAAAUCUAAAAAUGUUGUAAAAUAUCAUUAAGCGAUUUUGCUACAAACAGAUAA